UUUACACAGUGUCUCUGAGCUGGGAAGAGGGACUCUGACUGAUACAGAAAUGAAAUUGCUGUCGAAGUUGCUUCUUUUUGGCUCGUGUUUUCUGUCUGUUUUUUGUUCGUGGCCGAUUCCCAGAUUAACGUUGCGACAAGAAAAUACACGUCCGCAGAUAAUCUAUAGCAAAAAUGUAAGCUUUACAGUCUUCUACCUUCGAAAGGGAUCCGAGAACCUGCUCUUGGGGAAACUAAAUGAAGUGCUAGAGGUGAACGAUGAUGGUGUAGUGGAGACCUUCACCCUGACAGAUAAGAGCAGUGAUUCUUGUCAUGGGAGCUCUUGUGACAAUGACAUAACUAUAAUUGAAGAACUACGGGGUUGGCUUUUUGUUUGUGGGACAAAUGGAAAACAAUCACAGUGCUGGAUGCUGGAUCCCAGAAAAAACAAUCACUCUACUGUGGUUGUGGAAAGUAUUGAUGGCAGUGGCAUCUCACCUUACACAUAUUCACAAAACUCUCUGUCUCUUGUUGUAGAUGGAGACCUUUAUGCUGCAGCUCCACUAUACUCAGAUGGAACGUCACUACAGUUUCGGAGGCAAGCUGGCACCCAAAAUGUAUGGAUGUAUGAUCCAUGGAUUACAGAACCAACAUUUAUCUCAGCUUUUGUGGCCAGCAGACCUGAGGACCAAAUGAAUGAGAAAAUUUAUAUUUUCUUUCGAGAGAAAAACUCAGACACCAGUCCAGAAGCUGACCCCUGGAUCUCACGAGUGGCCAGAGUAUGCAAGGUUGACAAAGGUGGGCCCAAGAGAUUUUUCCAAAACAUUUGGACAUCUUUCCUGAAGGCACGCUUUGUAUGUGCGAUUCCUGGAGAGUCGCUGUACUUUAACCGUUUGCAAGACAUCUUUGUGCUACACUCUGACGACUGGAAGGAAUCGCGGGUUUAUGCUCUUUUCUCAAGCAGCUGGAAUGCUACGGCUAUUUGUAUAUUCUCCUUAGCUGAGCUUGAUGACGUUUUUGGGAAUUCCAGCUUCAAAGGAUACAAUGGAGAUAUUCCCAACCCAAGGCCAGGAACUUGUGUGAGGGACAGUAGGUCUCUGCCCAUUCACACUAUGAAUAUUGUUAGAAACUAUCCAGAGAUGAGUGACUGGGUCCAUCCUAUCCAGAAACAUGCUCCUUUCUACAUCAGCAAUAACAAUUACACCAAAAUCACAGUGGAUAGAGUGAAUGCUUCGAAUGAAAAAGUGUACAAUGUGUUGUUGCUAGCCACAGACACUGGAAUGAUCCAUAAGAUACUGGAACAUGAUUCCAAAGCCUUUAUAAUUUCUGAGACAAGUCUUUCCAAUGGCUCUGCUCCUGUUCUAUCUAUGAAACUACACUCUGAAAAGAAAAAGUUGUUUGUUGGAUAUCCUGGGCAAAUGUCCGUCUUAGACUUGCAGAGGUGCCAAGACUAUAAUACAUCCUGUGAAGACUGUGUUCUUGCCAGGGACCCAUACUGUGCUUGGACUGAAAAUGGCUGCACCUCACAAAUUAAAGGGGGAAUUCAAAAUAUUGCCACUGGCGAACCGCACAUAUGUUCUAAUAAUUCAGAUACAAAAAGACGCAAGCGGGAUGUGCCAUCUUCAUUUCCAACCCCUCCAAUAGUCUACACUGUGCCCAAGGGUUUCCCUUUUUACCUUUCCUGCCCAAUUGACUCCCACCAUGCCACCUACAGCUGGGAGCACAAAGGUGAAAGCGAACCAUGCCAGAGGACUCAGUCUGAUUGCCUCUAUCUAAUACCAGCUGUCAGUACACAUGACUAUGGAAUUUACAACUGUAUGUCAAGUGAGCGUAACUACAACAAAAUAGUUAAAGCAUAUCAACUACAUGGUCCCUCUGAGCCAGGGAUCCGAAACAGAGCCUACAAACUCACAGCUCAGAAAGAAUGCCUGCUGGCUGUAUUCACUGCACUUCUUUUCAGUGUACAGUCAUCUGUUUAAUGUAUGUCUAUUUUUUUGUCUUUAAGUUUCUUUCCCUCUUUUUAGUCAUGCAGUUCAUCAAAGGUUGGAAGUGGGUGUGCAUGAAAUGCACAUAAAAAGAAUGGAAACCAGACAAAAGUAUGCAUCAGUGGGUGUGAUGGGUCAGGGAAAUACAAAUCAAAUGAGUUUCCUUCCGUGAUAGCUGGGUCAUCCUGUAUUAAGGCUAGUCAUCGAGCCAUGUGUGGGAGAGGAUCUGAGGUUCUGUGGCAGACCCACUCCUUAUAUAGAUAUGAAGGGCUCAUUCUAAGCUUAUGAAAACCAAAAUGAUUCAUAGUUGCAGGCGAUUACCGGGUACAUACGAAGGAAAACAUAACUGUUGACACUGUAUUCCAUUUCUGCUAAUAGAGCCCCUUAAAUCCUACAUAAUGCACAUUUAAAAUGUUAGUCAUUCAAAAUACUGUAUUUAAUUGUAUGUGUUAAUUAAUUUAUUAUAUUUUUAAAUUUAUUUUAAAUAUUUGAUUAAUCUGGGGGAGGGGGAAGAUGAGUGACAGGAAACACCCCAAAACACUGAAGCUAUUAUUAUUAUCAAUAAUUAUGGUAAUAAUUGUCAGAAAAGUGGUUGAGUGGAAAAUGCAAAAGAGUGUUUAUUAUAAAAAUAAUUAUCAGCAAGCAUACAGUUCAAAUCAGCAGAAAUCAUGAACAAUUGACAGGUCAAGUAAGGUACAAACAGACUAUACUAGGCAAAACAAAAACGGAAUCCAAAAAACACAGAGCAUAAGUCAAGAAUCAGGAUGGCAAUACGGUAACAUGGCUCAGUAAUGGUGACAGUCAAUGCAAUACUUCGCACCUUGUGUGAGUUCUCAGAGUCUUUAUAUGCAUGUGCACUUUAAUCUGGGACAGGUGCAAGUACUUAGUCUUUGUGGCACGUGCUGCUCCUACCACGCAUAAGUGGAAAUUGGAUGCAUGCGUGAAUGUGCAUGGAUGUGAUAGAACCCCCCCAAAGAGUUCCUCCAGGAGCUAAAACCCCUCUUGGAUGGCCCCGGGGAUGAGGACCUGGUGCCAGACACCGUGCCAUCGGCGUUCCACUCUGGUUCGGGAGGAAUGUGGCACUGGAAUAAGGGUCUAGGCAGGGAUUUGGGCUUGGGUUGGGCCUUCAAUAAGGGCAAGGACACAAAUGGAGGCUUGGGUUCUGGUCGAGGCAUGGGCUUUGGACAGGGUAUUGACAUGCACUCAGGCUCUCGACAGGACUUGGGCUCUGGACUGGACAUGGGCUCGGGCUGUAGACAGGACUUAGGCUCUGGACAGGACAUGGCAAGGGCUUGGGUUCUGGACAGGACCUGGGCUUGGGCUCUUGACAGCACUUGGGCUCCAGACUCUGCUGGACUUGGGCAUAGACAUAAGCUUGAGCAUGGGCAUGGAUGCAGGUGUUGGCAUGGGCAUGGACUCUGAAACAGGCAUCAGCUUUGUUUGAGCAAUAUUCUCGUCCUUGCUGAGGCCCGGUGGCAGGACGAUGAUGUCCUCGAUGCCCGGUGGUGGAGCGAUGAUGUCCUCGAAGCCAGGCGGCAGAGUGACGACAUCCUUGUUCUUGCUGAAAUCUGGAGCUGAGGCCACCUUCUCAGUCUCUGGCACUGGCUCUGGAAUGGGCAGUGGACCUGAGGCCGCCCUGUCUGCCUCUGACACUGGCAGUGGAUCAGACAGUGGAGCAGAGGCGCUGACUCUGGAGCUGAGGCCGCCCCUGUUGGCCUCUGGCGCUGACUCUGAAGUGGAGACCUCUUCUUCUGCCUUGGCCUCUGGAGGGAGCUCUGGAGUGAAGGCCUCCUCCACUGCUGCUGCGUCAGCCUCUGUAGGGAGCUCUGAAUGCGUAUGGAUAUGCCAGUAGUGUUGUGAAAAAAAUGUAACUAAAAAAUUUGGGGGUUUUGCAAAGAAGAACAAUCAUAGACAAUGCUAGAGUAAAGCUAAACAAUCUGGUUUGUUGAGGGAUUUUAAAGGUCAUAGGCAACGGUUUUCAAUUUAUGCACAUUUGAAACUUUAUAUGUGUCAUGAUCCGCCCCGGACUUCCACUCUGGAGAUUUACUAUCUCCCAGUUCAGUGCAAUCCGGAUCCGGGACGAUACUUCCAUCUUGCCGGCAUUCAUUUCCUGGUCUGCUCUGCUGUGUAUAAAUAGGCCAUUCUCAGAGGGGGACUUUGCCAGAACAUCUUGUCUGUUUCUCAUGUCGUCUAUGUGCCAUUUUUUUGCUUCCUGAUUUUUGCUCUCUGUUUUGCCUAGUCUUAGCCACAGUUUUUUGUACUCAUGUUUUGUCACUUUUUUUCCCUUGUUUUUUGCACUAUCGUUGUUGUCUGAACUAUUUUUCAUAUUAGCACUUUGUCUACCUCAUUGCUGUCUGGAUUAUUUUUGCUAUUUUUGUUUGACUUUUUUUUUUUUGGACUUUAUUUAAAUUUUUUUUUAUUCAUUGGACUUUCUGGUUUGUGUUCUGCUAUUGGAUCCUAACUCACCACAUCGCGCCACCCUUAACAAUAUGUUAAAAAAACCAAUGUAAUUUUCUUCUGGUCCCAAGAAAUAUUGUUAAGUAAUAAUUAAAAUAAGUUACCGCGGAUCGUGGCGAAUUUCUGUUUGGCUAUUUUCGUGACCACUUGGCGCGUGACAUCAUUCAAGUCAAACAAACCGCUUGAGUUGAGUCCACUUCUGUUUACUUACAUUGCCUUAGGCUUGAUUGCAGACGUGCAUUCAGGAAUUUCCAAAGAGAAACCAUGCCUUAUUGUUGUGCAGUGACCGAUUCAGGAAGAAGUUUUUACCUUUUACCGAGAGAGGAGAAGAGGUGGAGUGAGUGAGUUGGCUUUUCCCAAAAGAGUAGACGAGGUGGAGAGAGUGGAUUGUGCGCGUGAAACAAAAUCAAGCAGUCAAAGAAUAAACGGACUAGCAACGCUCAAGCAAAAAGGAGAAGAUUGGAGGUAAACCUUUUUUACCUUUGCUUGCAAUUGACAAGUCAAGAAUCCUGAGGGAUCCUGUACAAUCAUUGUGGAAAUGAGACAAAGGGAUAUUUCCUCACUUAGAGUCGGCUAUAAAUAGUAUAAUGCUGCGGAUGGCAGGCUAAUGUGGCCUACCGGCACACUGUCCAGUAAUCGUUACCUAUAUCCACUAGGGAGGGCGGUUUAAUUAUUCUUCAAAAGGGCUCUUAUUUAGUAUUACGACGAAAGUAGGAAUUUAUCAUAAUUACCAGGAUAAAUUGCUUGGGCGCGAGUCUUGUUGAGGUCCGGCGUCACCGUGAUCAGAGUCGGCCAAGUUGCUGUCCGAUUCCGAGGCUGCACGGUCAAACCAGUGAGCCACAUUCACCGAUUGCUUCGCAACGGCCAUAGGUUCAUACAUGUAUGGUUUCACCUCUCGAUAUUCAAUUUGGAGAGUUCCUAUUUCAAAAUUGCUAUCACUUUCAGACAUUUUACACAACCUCUCACGAACAAAGUCUGUACACGUGUGCUCGGUUCGCACGUAAACACUGAACUGCUCCCAGUCUGUUUGCCUUAAAUGACGUCACGAGGAUGGUCCCCUGGCGGUGAAAGUGCGCAUAAGUGAGAUGUAAACAAACCUUCGGAAAUUGGGCAAAACAGUAUAUUUCAACCGUUUUAUUCAAUUUUAGGGUGCAAAUUAGACACUAGGAAGAUUGAAUUCGCUUUUUGGGUCGUUCUUCUAGACAAUAAAGUUGAUAUUCUAUGUUUCACCUCCGACCAUUGCCUAUGACCUUUAAAUCGCAAUUGCUGAGUGCAUGGAGUAGGACAAACACAGUAGAGUAUAGGCUCAGUGUAGCUUUAUUAUAUAUUGUAUUGAAUUUAUUGACAUAAUUGGCAGAAUAGUCAAAAAUACAUAUCAGAAGGUUAUUGCAGGUUAGACUUAGAAAGCUUUACAUCUGUUCCAACAUGACAAACCACAAUAGGGUAGUUCUUGGGUAAUGGAAUUACAUUCACAGCAAAAUGUGGUUUUUUUUGUUGUUGUUGUUGCAGUAUUCAAGAUAAUGGUAUUAAAAAAAUUCACACUGUAUGGGGUAUCUUUUUUGACUGUAAAAAAAAAAGCAAAGACAUAACUCUGAACACACAAUUUUCAUGAGGAAAGAAAAGUCAGUAAUGGAAUUAUGUCAGAAAAAACUGAACUUUCAUUUCUUAAAAUUCAAACUAAGAUUUCUCUGAAACGACAUUGCUAUAAUUGGGGUGAUUGAUUUUUAAAUAUGGUUUUCAGUACAUUUUGCCUUGGAUUCCAUACUUUAGCAAGAUCACUGAGCUGACAAGUUAAGGCAAUCUUAAUAAUUUCAUAAUUUUGGCCACUCUUCUGAAGAAUUGCCCAGUACUAAGGUUCCUGCAAUUUAUACUUUGUCUCUACAGUAUGUGCUGGAUUUUGUAGAUAUUUAAUAUCUCAUGUUGAACACUAAUGCUUUGCACUAAACUGAAAUGACAAUGACCUGAACUUCUUGUGCCCCGUGGGACACCAGUAGGAUUUUUGGGUCCUAUAACACUGGAAUGCACUUUUAUUUAGUCCCUUGGAUGGUUUCUCGUCUCCUGAACAGUUUGCAAUUCCUUGAUUCCUCUUCACACUGUAGUGUAAGCAGUGUAGCAGGGGUGGGGUGGGGUUACACUUCCUUCCACUGGAUAUAAGAAUUUGAAUGUUAGAUAUGCAUGUGAUGUGAUGCGAUGUGAUUUGGGGUGUAACUGAUGAGAGGUAAUAUGCUAUAAUGAGUAAACUAUGUGGCAGGCCUGAUGUAAUUGAGCAGUCUAUAAAAUCAGUUAGGGCCAAAUUCAGAAGAACUGCAUGAUUUAUCUUUGCCAGGACAGAAAGUAGGUCCCACCCAUCUGGGAAUACACUCAGCGGCUCUGUUGACAGAAUGGUAAAGGAUAGGGUGUGGUGGCAAGAAUAUAAUUAUUCAGUUUCAAUUUUACUGUAGUAGCCCCACUGAGAGUACACCAGGACUGUACAUAUUAGCAAUAAUCAACUGGGGACUGAAUAAUGCUUAUGAGUUUUGGUUUUCCAGUGUAAAAGACAGAAUAUUUAUUUAUUUUAUUUAUUUUCCAAAGGUGUGUUACAGCUUAUUACAACUAUUUAUC